AUGAAGACGACGCGUGUUCUUGCGCUCGUGGCAGCUCUUGUCCUGGCCUCCGACGCCAGGAGACUGGAGGCAAAUGCACGUCCCAGGAAGCUCCCGUUUUCUGCUGCCAGGAAGGCCCCAGGGGGUCGCAUCGUUGGAGGCUCCGACGCUGCGGAGGGCCAGUUCCCCUUCCAGGCGGGCCUCAUGAUCGACGGCUCCGGCUUCUGCGGCGGCUCCCUCAUCUCCACCACCGCCGUCCUCACCGCUGCGCACUGCGUCGACGCCGGCAGCUACUUCACGGUGCUGCUGGGCUCGACGUACUCGCGCCCCACCUCAGGAGACAACAGCCAGUCGUUCGCGACGACUGACACCAUCAGGCACAGCGGCUUCUACACGCCGGACGACAACGCUGCCUUCUAUGACGUCGGCCUCGUCAGGUGGUCGCAGCCCAUCACCAUCACGGGUGAGUACACGGACGCACCUGUUGAUGAUGCAGCUGCAUUAUGUGGAAUCAUCCCAAACUAUUACGUGACACCGAUCAGGCUGCCGUCGAAGGCACAGGCCAGCGAGAGCUUCGCCGGCUGGGACGCAAUCGUCUCUGGUUGGGGCCUCACAAGCAACGAUGCGUGGACGGUUAGUUCGUACCUGAAGUACAUCAAUGUGAAGAUCUGGACAAACGCUGACUGUCAAAAUAUCCACGGUAGCGACCUCGUCGACGACAAUGCUAUAUGCGCUAUGGGAACACAGGGUCAGCUACCAUGCAAUGGCGACAGCGGUGGCCCGCUCAGCGUGCAGGAAUCGGACGGUCAGCGCACAGUGGUCGGAAUCGUGUCGUGGGGCACGGCCAACGACUGCGAGUCCGGCGAGCCGGACGUCUUCAUGCGCGUCACCGCCUUCCUCGACUGGAUCGGAGAAAACGCCGGCAUCACCAUCUCUGGAGGUGAUGGAGGUGCUUUUUCUUCUGUGGUGGCAAUCGUGGCCAGGCAUGACAUGAUGCAGGCGGGAGAGGCAGACGAUGGAGUGACAGGGGGAGGGACAGAGGGGAAGCUGACCUUCUGGGGAGUGACAGCGAAGGCGACAGUGGAGGAAUAUGUGAGGGCAGUGGAGGCAGUGGUAGCCAUUGCAGGUGUGGAGGCUGGGGGAAAGGAGUAG